AUUUUGAAAGGUCCGGGUUGUAGUGUGGUAGGAGCGCGUUGUUUUAUCCGUUCAGACACUGAGGGAGAGCAGAGAGGAGCUGCUACUAAGCAGAAUCCCGUGUGCUGCCAUGGACAGUGUGGAGAUGGAAUCUGUCCAGAUUAAAGAGGAGUUCUCUGAACCUGAACUUGUCCCCUUUAGAGCGGAGGUCGCUGGGUUGGCUUCCCUUCCCAUUAAACAGGAGCUCUGUGAGAUGCAGUGUGACAGCAGUCAGCCACAGGUCUCUGAGGUUAAAGCUGAGCACAGUGAAUUGGAGAUCUCUCAGACAGAAGAACCCCUUCCUGUGAAACAAGAAGAGGUGCUGGAAAUUAACCAUAUUAAACAGGAGCCCUCUGAAGUAGAGUUUGACCACAUGGAACCAGGGAAGGAAGAAUCCGAGGACUUCAAACCAAACAUCCCUGAGCUGGAGAGAAUCUGCGUGAGAGAGCAAGGUGCUGGAGAGGAAGGCUCUCCCAACAGCAUGCAAGGAGGUGGAAAGGAAGACGAGCAGUCACAUUCAGAAUGCAGUCUAGCAGGUUCCAGUCCAGCAGCUAAAGCGAGGGCAGGCGGUGGAGAAUAUCCUGACUGUGGGAAAGGUUUCAUGCAGAUAGGGCAUUUAAACAAAACCCAACGAACUCACACAGGCGAGAAACCGUAUCACUGCUCUGACUGUGGGAAGAGUUUCAAUCAUUUUAGAAACCUAAAACAACACCAGCGAAUUCACACAGGAGAGAAACCGUAUCACUGUUCUGACUGUGGGAAGAGUUUCAGUCAGUCAAACAGCCUUGUUUUACACCAGCGAACUCACACAGGAGAGAAACCGUAUCACUGCUCGGACUGUGGGAAGAGUUUCAGUCGGUCAGACAGCCUUGUUUCACACCAGCGAACUCACACAGGAGAGAAACCGUAUCACUGUUCUGACUGUGGGAAGAAUUUCAGUCGGUCAGGCAGCCUUGUUUCACACCAGCGAACUCACACAGGAGAGAAACCGUAUCGCUGCUCUGACUGUGGGAAGAGUUUCAGACAGUUAGGAAGCCUAAAAGAACACCAGCGAGUUCACACAGGAGAGAAACCGUAUCACUGUUCUGACUGUGGGAAGAGUUUCAGUCAGUUAGGAAGCCUAAAAGGACACCAACGAACUCACACAGGAAAGAAACCGUAUCACUGCUCUGACUGUGGGAAGAGUUUCAGUCAGUUAGGAAGCCUAAAAGGACACCAGCGAACUCACACAGGAGAGAAACCGUAUCACUGUUCUGACUGUGGGAAGAGUUUCAGUUGGUCAGACAGCCUUGUUCCACACCAGCGAACUCACACAGGAGAGAAACCAUAUCACUGCUCGGACUGUGGGAAGAGUUUCAGUCGGUCAGACCACCUUGUUUCACACCAGCGAACUCACACAGGAGAGAAACCGUAUCACUGUUCUGACUGUGGGAAGAAUUUCAGUCGGUCAGACAGCCUUGUUUCACACCAGCGAACUCACACAGGAGAGAAACCGUAUCACUGUUUUGACUGUGGGAAGAGUUUCAGACAGUCAAACAGCCUUGUUUCACACCAGCGAACUCACACAGGAGAGAAACCGUAUCACUGCUCUGACUGUGGGAAGAGUUUCAGUCAGUUAGGAAGGCUAAAAGGACACCAGCGAACUCACACAGGAGAGAAACCCUAUCACUGCUCUGACUGUGAGAAGAGUUUCAGUCGGUCAGACAGCCUUGUUUCACACCAGCGAACUCACACAGGAGCUAAACCGUAUCACUGCUCUUGCUGUGGGAAGAGAUUCAGUCAGUUAGUAAGCCUAAAAAAACACCAGCGAGUUCACACAGGAGAGAAACUGUGUUGCUGCUCUGACUGUAGGAAGAGUUUCCGUCUUAAACAAGCCGUUCAAAAACACCAGCGAAUUCACAGAGGAGAGAAACCUUAAAGACUGUUUUGUGUAUCACUCUUAACCCUUUGCGGUCCAUUUUUUCAGCAUGUAUGUUUUGUGAAUCACUCUUAAGAGCAUGCAUUUGAAAAUGUAAAAAUGCAAAUCAACUCUCUUGCUCUCUGUCAAAGUGGGCGGUGACGCUAACACGUCACAAGAGGCUUCUCUGCUGUCAGUUUAACUCAAUGUCAAUGCAGUCAGUGCCUGGGAGCGAGAAUAUGCAGAAAGGAAACUAUUCCACACCUCAUCUGAUGGACAAGUUGGGAGAAAUCAAUAACUCAGUGUGGAAAUGAGUUUCAGGAUUUAACAUUUGAACUUCAUUAACUUGAAAAUAAAUAAAUUGACGGGAAUGAGUAUCCAGACCCCUAAUGUAGCAUCCCAGAGACGAGACUGCAGCGUCCUUACUGGGCAACCGCCUGGAGGAUGUGUCUUGUAAAGACAUCACGAUUCAAAAACGAAUGAAAACUGAUAGUGUUGCAUGACUGUAUUAUGACAUGAAUGAGUGAAUAUUGCGUGACGUGUCUCUUUGCAGUGUGCAUUGUCCAUGCUUGUGUUUGUGUUGCUUUUGUAAAGUGCCUCGAGUAAUAGCAGUGCAGCAGGCAUGUGUACGGAUCUUGGGUACAGAAAGUCAUAGCGGUCAUAGCGGUCUCAUCCCUUGCACUUGGUGACAAAUUCCCAAUGAAAAUGUAGCUGAGCUAUGACUAUUAAUCAGGGUUCGUACACUAGUCUGGAAGUCUGGAAAAAUGCAAAACUGAUUUCCAGGGCUUGAAAAUGCUUGAAAAACCACGUCUCCGUUAGGAAAGUCUUGAAAAAGUCUGGAAUUUUACUAGCAUCACGGGAGAAUGAAAAUGAUUCUGCGAUUACUUUUAUUAUUAAUAGUAAUUGAUCUCUAAAGCGGGUCAGCAGCUCUAGCAGUAACUGUCUAGACAGUUUACUAGUAGCAGCUAUGUUGCUUGUGACCAAAUCCCGCGAGGAUUGCCCCGUGUAACACCCCUGACAGCGUCCUCACAACUCAAAAGCAAUCCUAUCCAGUCAGCGCACUGGUUUAUGUCACAUGACUGUCUGCUCCAGUGAAACAAAGGGUAAAAUGGAGUCUACGACAGCCAAGGCUAUGAUUUUUUAAACAAAGUUACAGACUGGAAUUACAAGCUACUGUACUCUGCUCACCGAGAUUCACAUUGUGUUAUCUUGUUGUUACCUUUAUUAAAUCGUUAAUGUUAUUUCCCAACCCAGGAAAAAAAAAAUGUAAUACGAUAGUUAGGGUGUAUUCACACUGGGUUCAUUUCAAACGUCCUCAGUCCGGUUCGUUUGCUUUGAAGCAAUGUAUCAAUGUGCUAGCUGUUCACACUUGCCUUGUAUACAAACGUACUGAGUUCGUUUGGAAAUUAACUGGGGCUCGUUUUCGUGGUUCACUUCCGUGUUUUCCCAGGACUCAGUUCACUUGUGUUCAUAUUGAAAUAAUCAGGGCAGCAGUGUGGAGUAGUGGUUAGGGCUCUGGACUCUUGACAGGAGGGUCGUGGGUUCAAUCCCAGGUGGGGACACCGCUGCUGUACCCUUGAGCAAGGUACUUUACCUAGAUUGCUCCAGUAAAAACCCAACUGUAUAAAUGGGGAAUUGUAUGUAAAAAUAAUGUGUAAAAAAAAAAAUUAUAAUUUUUUGUAAAAAUAAUGUGAUAUCUUGUAACAAUUGUAAGUCGUCCUGGAUAAGAGUGUCUGCUAAGAAAUAAAUAA